AUGCCUACAAGAGUCGCAGUGAAGACUGACAAGGCUCCUCCGCCUCUUCCCGUCUACUCUCAAGCCAUCGUCUGCAAUGGCAUGGUCUACUGUUCCGGUCAGGUCGCGAUGCAUCCCGAGACGAAGGCAAUGGUUGAAGGGGGUAUUUCUGACCGAACCGCUCAAUGCUUCAAGAACCUCUCGGCCGUACUUGAAGAGGCCGGAUCAAGCAUGAAGAAUGUGGUCAGGGUUGGCGUCUUCCUGACCGAUAUGGCCAACUUUGCCGCUAUGAACAAAGUGUAUGAUACCUUCUUUGAGGAUCCUAAGCCAUACAGCUGA